UUCCACUCGUGCUCUGUGUACUAGCUGCAUCACAUUCAAGAUGUCGGCGGUGUCCAUGUAUUCCAUGUGUGUCCGGGCGAGCCGGGGCCUCUUCAGACUGAGACAAGCAGUCAGCGGCACCACAGCACCCGGAGUGCUUGAUGUCGUUAGGACGCUAUCCGCUGACACGGCUGGCAGUAACGGUACAGGAGGACUGGCACAGGCAAUUUUGCAAGAAAGACUUCAACAGCAGAAAAGCCAGGACCACCCUCCUAUAGAGGGAGAUGACUCCGGUCAGAAGAAAGAUGAACAGGGUGAGGAAAAGAAACAGAAGGAAAACACAGCAUAUGCUAAGAAGAUGGUCCUUCGGUUAGCAGGGAUUAUGGGUCUUGGAAGUACAGUUGGCAUUGUGUACAUAUUUGGUAGCAAUUCUGUGGAUGAACAGGGAAAUAAGAUUCCAGAUGAGUUUGAUAACGAUGUUCCAGUUAUGCAACAGCUCAAAAGAACCUAUAAAUACUUCAAAGAUUACAGACAGAUGAUCAUCGAGCCCACAAGCCCGAAACUUCUCCCAGAUCCUCUGCGAGAACCCUAUUACCAGCCUCCAUAUACUCUAGUGCUGGAGCUCACAGAUGUCCUCCUGCAUCCAGAGUGGUCGUUGGCAACAGGCUGGCGUUUUAAGAAAAGGCCUGGCAUAGAUUACUUGUUCCAGCAAUUAGCCCCGCUGUAUGAGAUAGUUAUCUUCACAUCAGAGACAGGCAUGACGGCGUACCCACUGAUUGACAGCAUUGACCCUCAAGGGUUUGUUAUGUACCGGCUCUUCAGGGAUGCCACACAUUAUAUUGAGGGCCACCAUGUAAAGGAUGUGUCUUGUUUGAAUAGAGACACCUCUAAAGUCAUCUUAGUAGACUGCAAACGGGAAGCCUUCAGCCUCCAGCCUUUCAAUGGUUUGGCACUCCGCAAGUGGGAUGGUAACUCUGAGGACCGCACACUAUAUGACUUGGCUGCUUUCCUGAAAACUAUUGCCAUCAGUGGAGUGGAGGACGUACGUGGUGUGCUAGAGAACUACGCCCAUGAGGAGGACCCUAUUGAAGCCUUCAAAAGAAGACAAGCGCAGCUCGCCCAGGAAGAGGAGCAGAGACUUUCUGAAAUUGCUCAACAGAAGAAACAGGGUUUUUCAUUAGGUUCCAUUGCAGGUCGUUUCCGGUCCCGGAAACAGCAAUGAUGAUUCAUCCUAGUCACAACCAUCAGUGACGCUCCAACCGUAGUCAAACAGGUGGACAGCGUAUGUGGACGUGUGAGAGGGAGGGGAGGGGAGAACAGCAGCACUGGGCAAAACAUCCAAUCCGUCUACACUGAAUGAUUGCAAACUUGUUGGGUUAGGGGUUGGGAUGGGCCCAACUCCAAAAGACAAUCCAUUCCUGUGUAUGAGAUGACAGUUCAUGGACGGCAGACACACAAAUAUGGUGCCCUGAUGUACGAUCUCACUUAUGAUUUAAAAACUGUUUAAAGGGAGUCACAUGCCUGCCUGGUAGGACCAAUGCUUGUCCAUUUCUUGGCUCCAUUGUGUCUGCAAUAGCAAAGGAUGGCAUAGCACCACAUAAACUGAUGAAGUGAUGCUGAUACAUUUCUAUUACAUAGAUACAUAUUACUAAAUGCUAAAAGCCUGAUAUUAGACAACAAUAAUGUUUGUUCGGUACAUGAGUGCAUAAGUGGUUAGUCAGGAAAAACCGUGUAUGUGUCCUCAUGCUGCUUGUGAUACUGUCUUGUUAUGGUGAGGAAAACCUCUAAUGUAAAGUCAAAUAAAGAGAGCUCAAUCUGGUGCUAUUUCUCUCCAUGUCAGAAAUGGCCCUUCUUGUCUGAAGAUACGCUUGUUGAAUGUUUUUGUAUUGCUAUUAAUGUGAACAGUGACCCACCUGGAAUAUCUCCAAUAAACAGACCAUAACUAAGUGUU